AUGUCUUCUACUGAAGAGACAACCUCAUCAGAUGCCAGUAGUGUGGUACCGCCCUGGCUUGCUUUCCUCACUAAACUAGGCUCGGGGCAUUCCGCCCAGAAGAUGGUAUCAGAUAUUGCGAAUAUCUUGAAAGACUUCCUCCUCUCUGACAGUGAUAACGCUGCUCCGGAAACUGCCAAACAAAUCGACAAUUACACAUUUUAUGGCAGCAUCACACGUUCGCAUCUAAACUUUGUAUUCCAAACAAUAUAUGAAUUAGCGGCACUCAUAUCUUACGAGGAUGCUAAGCAGGAGAUGUUAUUACGGCUUAUUGAGGAGCUUUUAAAGAUGCCGAAGAGAGUGCUUACGGGGGUUGAUGGACAGAUGGUCGAGGAAGGCCCUAUAUAUUAUGAUGUUCAUAUGGAAAUCAAGCACGAUAUGUGGAAUGCGAGACAUGUGGAUGAGUUCGAGUUGGAAUAUAAAACUCAAGAUGAGUAUACUCAAGGAUGUAUUGAGUGGAUCAAUCUCUCCGGAUUCUAUGCUCGCUGUAUUGCGGCGGGUCUCGAUGAUCAUGAUGACGACGCGUGCAAAUUUCCAGCAUGCGAUAUUCCUGAGGCGUUGGAGCCGGAAUAUAAUUACAUGCCAGGCAUAGAUACAGAUUUCAGGGUCAUGAUGGCAACUCAGUAUAUUGUUAUUGCAGGGGAAAGAGCUAAAAAGGUUAUGGCCAGGUGGUGGGAAGAGCAUGCUCCAAUUUUGGAAAAGAAGUUGGAAGAGUUGGAAGAUGGUUAUGAGAAUGGGUUUCCGGAUUUCGUUCCUGUUUUUGAGAUACCGCCUGGACAGAAAUCAUUGACUGGAACGGGAGACUUGGGUAUGGACCUUCUAGGAUCGGUAAAGGCUGCGAGGAUGAAGUUGAGGGAGUUAAGUGAUCUUGGGAAAGAGAGGUUGGAAAAAGUCGAUGUCUUGGAUAAUAAUGAGGAGGUGGCCCAGAAGCAGGAGAGUGUAGAGAAUGUCGAAGUCCCGGAUAGCAUUGAAGAGGUUGCCCAUAGGAGGGAGAGUGUCGGAAUGGUCGACGUCUCGGAUAGUAAUGAGGAGGUGAUCCAGAAGAAGGAGAGUGUGGAAAAGAUUGAUGUCUCGAAUAAUAAUGAGGAGGUGGCUCAGAAGAAGGAGAGUGUGGAAAAGGUCGAUGUCUCGAAUAGUGAUGAGGAGGUGGCCCAGGAGAAGGAGAGUGUAGAAAUGGUCGAGUCGAUUAGUAAUGAGGAGGCGGCCCAUACGAAGGAUGAGUAA